CGGGCCGCCCAGGUGGCCGUCGCUUCGAUGCCCUAGUCCGGGGCCCCCGGCCGGACUCGGCUGGGCUCCGCGCACCUCCCGCCGGAGUCAUGAGGGCCGGCGGGGCUCUGCAGGUGCUGGGCUUCCUCCUGAGCCUGGCCCGGGGCUCCGAGGUGGGCAGCUCGCAGGCAGUGUGCCCCGGGACCCUGAACGGGCUGAGUGUGACAGGCGACGCAGAGAACCAGUACCAAACGCUACACAAGCUCUACGAGAGGUGUGAGGUGGUGAUGGGGAACCUGGAGAUCGUUCUCACCGGACACAACGCUGACCUCUCCUUCCUGCAGUGGAUUCGAGAAGUGACGGGCUAUGUCCUUGUGGCCAUGAACGAGUUCUCCACACUCCCGUUGCCUAACCUGCGAGUGGUGCGGGGGACCCAGGUCUACGAUGGGAAGUUCGCCAUCUUUGUCAUGCUGAACUAUAACACCAACUCCAGCCACGCUCUGCGCCAGCUCCGCUUCACCCAGCUCACGGAGAUUCUGUCAGGGGGCGUUUAUAUUGAGAAGAAUGAGAAACUUUGUCACAUGGACACCAUUGAUUGGCGGGACAUCGUGAGGCACCCAGGUGCCGAGAUAGUGGUGAAGGACAAUGGCCGAAGCUGUCCCCCCUGUCACGAGGCCUGCAAGGGGCGUUGCUGGGGCCCUGGACCCGAGGACUGCCAGACAUUGACGAAGACCAUCUGUGCCCCUCAGUGUAACGGGCACUGCUUUGGGCCGGACCCCAACCAGUGCUGCCACGAUGAGUGUGCAGGGGGCUGCUCCGGCCCCCAGGACACCGACUGCUUUGCCUGCCGACACUUCAACGACAGCGGAGCUUGCGUGCCCCUGUGUCCACAGCCCCUCGUGUACAACAAGCUCACUUUCCAGCUCGAACCCAAUCCCCACACCAAGUACCAGUACGGAGGCGUUUGUGUGGCCAGCUGUCCCCAUAACUUCGUGGUGGAUCAGACAUCCUGUGUCAGGGCCUGUCCUCCUGACAAGAUGGAAGUAGAUAAAAAUGGCGUCAACAUGUGUGAGCCUUGUGGAGGGUUGUGCCCUAAAGCCUGUGAAGGGACAGGCGCCGGGAGUCGCUUCCAGACUGUGGACUCGAGCAACAUCGAUGGGUUUGUGAACUGCACCAAGAUCCUGGGCAACCUGGACUUCCUGAUCACCGGCCUCAACGGAGACCCUUGGCACAAGAUCCCUGCCUUAGACCCCGAGAAGCUCAAUGUGUUCCGGACAGUGCGAGAGAUCACAGGUUACCUGAACAUCCAGUCCUGGCCUCCACACAUGCACAACUUCAGCGUUUUUUCCAACCUGACGACCAUUGGGGGCAGAAGUCUCUACAACCGGGGCUUCUCACUGCUGAUCAUGAAGAACUUGAACGUCACCUCCCUGGGCCUCCGGUCCCUGAAGGAGGUGAGCGCCGGCCGGGUCUACAUCAGCGCGAAUCGGCAGCUCUGCUACCAUCACUCUCUGAACUGGACCAGGCUGCUGCGGGGGCCGGCGGAGGAGAGGCUGGACAUCAAGCACAACCGGCCCCGCAGGGACUGCGUGGCGGAGGGCAAAGUGUGUGACCCGCUGUGCUCCUCCGGGGGAUGCUGGGGCCCAGGCCCCGGCCAGUGUUUAUCCUGUCGAAACUACAGCCGAGGGGGUGUCUGCGUGACCCACUGCAACUUUCUGAAUGGGGAGCCCCGUGAGUUUGCCCACGAAGCUGAAUGCUUCUCCUGCCACCCGGAAUGCCAGCCCAUGGAGGGCACAACCACGUGCAACGGCUCGGGCUCUGAUGCUUGUGCUCAGUGCGCCCAUUUUCGAGAUGGGCCCCACUGUGUGAGCAGUUGCCCUCAGGGCGUCCUAGGUGCCAAAGGCCCUAUCUACAAGUACCCGGAUGUUCGGAAUGAAUGUCGGCCCUGCCACGAGAACUGCACCCAGGGGUGUAAGGGACCACAGCUGCAGGACUGUCUGGGCCAGCCACUGGUACUGAUCAGCAAAACCCAUCUGGCACUGGCCGUGACAGUGGGCUUGACAGCGAUUCUGCUGGUCCUGGGCAUCACUUUCCUCUACUGGCGUGGGCGCCGGAUUCAGAAUAAAAGGGCGAUGAGGCGCUACCUGGAACGGGGUGAGAGCUUAGAGCCUCUGGAUCCCAGCGAGAAGGCUAACAAAGUCUACGCCAGAAUCUUCAAAGAGACAGAGCUGAGGAAGCUCAAAGUGCUUGGCUCAGGUGUCUUUGGAACGGUGCACAAAGGAGUGUGGAUCCCUGAGGGCGAGUCCAUCAAGAUUCCAGUCUGCAUUAAAGUCAUUGAGGACAAGAGUGGACGGCAGAGUUUCCAGGCUGUGACAGAUCAUAUGCUGGCCAUUGGCAGCUUAGACCACGCCCACAUUGUGCGGCUGCUAGGACUUUGCCCAGGGUCAUCUCUGCAGCUUGUCACUCAGUACUUGCCUCUGGGUUCCCUGCUGGAUCACGUGAGACAACACCGGGGGGCGCUGGGGCCACAACUGCUGCUCAACUGGGGAGUGCAAAUUGCCAAGGGCAUGUACUACCUAGAGGAGCAUGGCAUGGUGCACAGGAACCUGGCUGCCCGCAACGUGCUGCUCAAGUCGCCCAGUCAGGUUCAAGUGGCAGACUUUGGUGUGGCUGACCUGCUGCCACCUGAUGACAAGCAGCUGCUACACAGUGAGGCCAAGACUCCAAUUAAGUGGAUGGCCCUGGAGAGCAUCCACUUCGGGAAGUACACGCACCAAAGUGACGUCUGGAGCUACGGUGUGACCGUUUGGGAGCUGAUGACCUUUGGGGCAGAGCCCUACGCAGGGCUGCGACUGGCUGAAGUACCAGACCUGCUGGAGAAGGGCGAGCGGCUGGCACAGCCUCAGAUCUGCACCAUUGAUGUCUACAUGGUCAUGGUCAAGUGUUGGAUGAUUGAUGAGAACAUCCGCCCAACCUUUAAAGAACUAGCCAAUGAGUUCACCAGGAUGGCCCGCGACCCGCCGCGGUAUCUAGUUAUAAAGAGAGAGAGUGGGUCUGGAGUAACUCCCGCGGCAGAGCCCUCUGCUCUGACAGACAAGGAACUGGAAGAAGUAGAGCUGGAGCCAGAACUGGACCUGGACUCGGACUUAGAGGCAGAGGAGGACAGCCUGGCAACCACGCUGGGCUCUGCCCUCAGCUUACCAGCCGGAACGCUCCCCCGGCCACGUGGGAGCCAGAGCCUUUUAAGCCCGUCAUCUGGAUACAUGCCUAUGAACCAAAGUAACCUCGGAGAAGCUUCCCAGGAGUGUGCAGUUGGUGGGGAUGGCGAGCGCUGCCCCCGCCCCGUCUCUCUGCACCCACUGCCACGGGCACGCCUGGCGUCAGAGUCAUCGGAGGACCCCGUGACCGGCUCUGAGGCUGAGCUCCAGGAGAAGGUGUCCAUGUGCAGGAGCCGGAGCCGGAGCCCACGGCCACGCGGAGACAGUGCCUACCACUCCCAGCGCCACAGCCUGCUGACCCCCGUCACCCCGCUCUCCCCGCCGGGGUUAGAGGAAGAGGACGUCAACGGUUACGUCAUGCCAGACACACAUCUCAAAGGUACUUCGUCCUCCCGGGAGGGCACGCUUUCCUCAGUGGGCCUCGGCUCUGUGCUGGGUACUGAGGAGGAAGAGGAGGAGGAGGAGUAUGAGUACAUGAACCGGAGGCGAAGGCACAGCCCGGCGCGGCCCCCCAGGCCCGGCUCCCUGGAGGAGCUGGGCUAUGAGUACAUGGAUGUAGGGUCAGACCUCAGCGCCUCUCUGGGUAGCACACAGAGCUGCCCGCUCCACCCUGUUCCCAUCAUGCCCGCUGCUGGCACCACUCCGGACGAGGACUAUGAAUACAUGAACCGGCGGCGCGGAAGUGGUGCAGGGGGGGAUUAUGCGGCCAUGGGGGCCUGCCCAGCGGCCGAACAAGGGUAUGAAGAGAUGAGAGCGUUCCAGGGGCCGGGACACAAUGCCCCCCAUGUUCGCUAUGCCCGCCUCAAAACUCUACGAAGCUUAGAAGCCACUGACUCCGCCUUUGAUAACCCUGACUACUGGCAUAGCAGGCUUUUCCCUAAGGCUAAUGCCCAGAGAACGUAACCCGCGCUCCCUGAGAUGCUCGGGAGCAUUAAAUGGCAGCUAGUGUCUGUAGAGGGGACUCCUCCGCCUCCCGCUCCCUCACAGGCCUCAGCCCCAUCUCUCCAGGCCGAGACAGUGCCAUUCAGCUUUUGGAGGCUUUUAAACACUUCAACAUGAAAUUCUUACAGGAUACAGCCAGCCGCACUUUCUCUCUUUCCCAGCCCCAGGAGCGGAGAAGGUUUUGUCUGGUUGGCUAAUCCCUCUCCUCAGCUUCCUCACGGGAACUCCCUGGAGAUAUGAAGGAUCAUCUGCCCAUUCUCUCUCUCACGUGUUGGGACUAGUGUGCCUUUGUUUCCCAUCAGGCUGUCCUACAGAAGAGGAAGACAUGGGAAACCUGGCAAAGGAGACGCACAUUUUGGCUUCUGACUUGUAACGCCCUGGAAAGCAUAAAUUUUGUGGAAGAAAGAAGUUAGGAGUAGAUACUGAUUACUGUUAAUUGAGCACUUAACCAAGAGCCAUGCAUCAUGCUACAUCUCUCCUUAUAAUCUCACAUAAGCCUUUAUAAUGUGUACAGGUUUGUGAGGCAGACCCAUUUCACACACCCUGGCCCCCUAGGCGUUCAGGAUACCCUGUGAGUGUCUGACCCCGGGGAUAGCACUGAACUGUACAAUGCCUUUUCCUUCAGUGAAGUACUUACACACUGUCCGUGAUUUUUGAAGUUUGAAAUGCAGCAACAAAACUAGGACUAAUACCUGUUUCCAUUUUCACAUACAGAUCCGUUCUUAUCAUAGAUCUUAGCAACCUCAACAUGAUUUUUUUUUUCUUUAUUGAGAACCAUCACUUUUUCACUUAAAGUCUUUUAUGAUUUUGACAUGUCUGAACUGCCAGCACCACAACUCUUGCACUGUGUGGCGAUCGAUUACUUUGGUUUGGUUUUUUGGAUUUUUUUUUUUUUUUUUUUGGUACUAGGAAUCGAACU